CGCCGGAUUCUUCCGGGCAUGUGCACCGCCAUCAAAAACAAAAUGUAAACAGAAAGUCGGCUUUUGUAUUGCUUUUAUUGUCAGCCUUCACUUCCCCGCUGCCAAGCUGUGAAAUUCUAAAUAGCUAAAGUACAAAACUUGCGAACUUCUCACCCAAACUUUAAAUGCUAACGCGCGAUGCUAACGUUAGCUCACUGAAAACUUGUGAGCAGCCUGGAGUUGUGAAGGGCUCCACAUGACAGAGGUGAGAAGAUGGGCUCUGUCCGGUGGGCUUUCCGCUGCGGGUCGUGGACACCCAGCAGGUCUGACUGGCUGCUCGCUGCUCGCUGCAUCCAGCGGGAAGAGAAAGACAGGAUCGGACAGUUUGUGUUCGCCAAGGAUGCUAAGUCAGCCAUGGCUGGGCGGUUGUUGCUCAGAAGGUUUGUGUGUGAGAAGAUGGGCGUCCCCUGGUCAGAGAUCAGGCUGGAGCGAUCUCCCAGAGGAAAACCUUACCUGGCUGCACCCCUGAAGGUCAGUUCAGAUUCAGGUUCAGCCUGGAGUUUCAACCUCUCCCACCAAGGAGACUACGCUGUGCUCGCUGCAGAACAAGGCAUGCAGGUCGGAGUGGAUAUCAUGAAGACUACCAUGCCAGGUAGCAGCUCUGUGCCGGAGUUUUUCCGCAUCAUGACUCGUCAGUUUACAGCGUAUGAGUGGAGUAUCAUCCAAUCAGCCGGCUCCGAGCACCAGCAGCUCGCUGCGUUCUACCGCCACUGGGCCCUUAAAGAGAGUUUCAUCAAAGCCAUCGGCACAGGUCUGGGCUUCAACCUGCAGAGGGUGGAGUUUCACCUGCCGUCCGAACCGCUCGCACAGGGCCAGGUGCUGCGCCAGACCAAGAUGCAUCUAGAUGAGGAAGAAGAAGAGGACUGGAUGUUUGAAGAGAGCUUGCUGGAUGCUGAACAUCAUGUUGCCGUAGCACUCGGACCAGCAGACAUACCAGGAUUUGCACCUCUCCCUGCACUUCUCCCUCCUCCGUCCACAUUUACGCUGCUGUCGUUCGGUGAGCUCAUCGCCUCAGCCUCACCUCUGACAGACGAGGACUCCGCCUACUGGGAGAGCUUCAAAAUGAAGGCUGAAGCUCCGCAGAGACAGAGCGACGCGCACACAUCCACGUAACCGUCCGUCUCACGCUGACACUCACCUGUCAUACACGAACACACAAAGCUUUCAAAGGUGCCAAAAAGGAAGCACGCGUUCACUGACACCGAAGCUGCUUUCUUAUUCAGCGUGGCUCCAGUCGAGUCCUGUCAAGUUUAUUUACAAAGCCAAAAAACCAUGGCUGCGUCUCGGAGGACUUCAGAAUCGAUACAGCAUCUGACAUUGUCUAUCUUUGGAUCCUCGGUUCCAGUGAAGAAAAACUCCACAAAAAACACACCUGAUACAAACAAUACUGUACAAUACAUCCAGCAUUUAUUGUUUAAUAAAAACUUUAAACUGUAGUCAUUUA